GCUGGAGCACGAGCUGCCGCUCGCUCGGCCGGGCGCCCCCUCCGCCCGCCUCCCGCUUCCUCCUCGCUGCCUGCUGCCGCUGCCUCCACCAUUGUAUAAUGCUCCGGGCGCUCAGGCAGAGGACGCCGGAGUCUUAGCUUCGGUCUCGCCUCCUGCCCGUUUCCCGGCGCCACCCUCGGGCCCCCGGCGGGGCACUCCGCAUGGAGAGGGAAUAGCUUGAGGAGUGGGCGGAAACCCCUCCUGAUGCGUUAGUUCCCAGGUGGAGCUGCAUGUGAUAUAUGUUGGGUAAAGGAGGAAAACGGAAGUUUGAUGAGCAUGAAGAUGGGCUGGAAGGCAAAAUCGUGUCUCCCUCCGACGGUCCAUCCAAGGUGUCUUACACCUUACAGCGCCAGACUAUCUUCAACAUUUCCCUUAUGAAACUCUAUAACCACAGGCCCCUGACAGAGCCCAGCUUGCAAAAGACUGUUUUAAUUAACAACAUGUUGAGGCGGAUCCAGGAGGAACUCAAGCAGGAAGGCAGCCUGAGGCCCGGGUUCACCCCCUCCUCCCAGCCCAGCGACUCCCUGAGCGACAGCUACCGAGAGGCCCCGCCUGCCUUCAGCCACCUCGCACCCCCUCCCGCCCUUCCCUGCGACCUCGGAAGCACUACACCCCUGGAGGCCUGCCUCACCCCGGCCUCCCUGCUGGAGGACGACGAUGACACUUUUUGCACUUCGCAGGUUGUGCAGCCCGCAGCUCCUACCAGACUCUCCCCUCCAGCCCUCCCGCCCGAGAAGGACAGCUUCUCCUCUGCCUUGGACGAGAUCGAGGAGCUCUGUCCCACAUCUACCUCCACAGAGGCCACCGUGGCAGCGACUGACAGCUUGAAAGGGACCUCCAGUGAGUCCAGCAUCCAGAAACCCGAGGGGCCCCAGGAGGGCCGCACGGAUGACUCAAAACUGAUGGACUCUCUGCCUGGGAAUUUUGAAAUAACCACGUCCACGGGUUUCCUGACAGACUUGACCCUGGACGACAUCCUGUUUGCUGACAUUGACACGUCCAUGUAUGAUUUUGACCCCUGCACAUCUGCGUCGGGGGCAGCCUCAAAAAUGGCCCCUGUGUCGGCCGAUGACCUCCUCAAGACUCUGGCUCCUUAUAGUAGUCAGCCCGUCACCCCGAGUCAGCCUUUCAAAAUGGACCUCACAGAACUGGACCACAUCAUGGAGGUGCUCGUUGGGUCCUAAGACCCGGGGACUCCGCGACCUGACCCCACCGCCAUGCCCGCCCAGACACUUCGAGCGUCUCCCCACAACCCUGACAAUUCUCCGCACUGUGCAUGCACCCUUGCCUGCCUUUUUCAGAGAAAAAAGAAAAUUUUACAAAAGGAUCACACUAGUUUUUGCUUUGAGCAGAGUUGGAGUGCCUUCAUCCAAGUAUGACCACUUUUAAUAUGCUUUUUUUUGAGUGGUUCCUCAGAGACCUACUAUCCUGGUAUAGGAAAGAGUCCAUUUGAAGACAAUGUUGCUAAUGUUGAAUGGCAAACAUAAACAGUUCGAGUGAAGCACAAGGAUUAAGUUGGAAAAGCUGUAAAUUGCAUGUGCAUAUUUGUCUAUUUUUUCUAUAAGUUUUAA